UCACAUUCUGUUUUUAUGAACAUAGAUAGACACAUGCAAUGGGUUUUAUUGUGAUGGGUACACUCCAAAUUCUAAAAAUAAACCCACAAUGUGGACCGAAAAUUGGACCGGAUGGUUUCUUUCGUUUGGUGGGGCCGUGCCUUAUAGACCCGUGGAAGAUAUUGCUUUUUCGGUUGCACGUUUUUACCAAAGAGGUGGAACCUUUCAGAAUUAUUAUAUGUACCAUGGUGGGACGAAUUUUGGGCGUUCUACUGGCGGACCGUUUAUCGCAACAAGUUAUGAUUAUGAUGCUCCACUUGAUGAAUAUGGAGCACCUAGACAACCUAAGUGGGGUCAUUUAAAAGAGUUACAUAAGGCGAUUAAGCUUUGUGAAGACGCGAUGGUGGCAAUCGAUCCAACAAGUACUUCUCUUGGUAACAAUCUAGAGGCUAGUGUGUAUAAAACAUCAUCAACAUGUGCUGCUUUUUUGGCAAAUGUUGACACGAAAAAUGAUGCAACGGUGACCUUCAAUGGCAAUUCUUAUCGCUUACCCGCUUGGUCUGUCAGCAUCUUGCCCGAUUGCAAGAAUGUAGCGUUCAAUACUGCAAAGAUAAACACCAUGGCUACAAUUCGAAGAUUUGUAGCUAAAAAUAUUGGAAACGAAUUAAUUGCUUCAGAAGAAAUUUCGUCUGAUUGGAGUUAUGUUAGUGAACCUAUUGGGAUUUCGAGUAAUAAUGCAUUUAAAAAACCGGGAUUAGUAGAGCACAUCAACACAACAGCCGAUCAAAGUGAUUAUUUGUGGUAUUCAAUAAGUGCUGAAAGUAAUGGCGACGAGUCUCAAACAGUUCUACAUGUGAAAUCACUCGGCCAUGUUCUUCAUUUGUUCGUUAACGGUCAACUCGCAGGUAGUGCGAUUGGUAAUGCUAAUAACCCUACUGUUUCCAAGGAUAUUCCUAUUACACUCAAACCAGGAAUAAACAAACUCGAUCUGCUAAGUUUGACCGUGGGACUCAAGAACUACGGUGCAUUUUUUGAUACAACAGGUGCCGGUAUAACCGGUCCGGUUGAGCUUGAAGGGUUAAAGAACGGUUCAACUAUUGACCUUUCAUCUAUGCAGUGGACAUAUCAGGUUGGACUUAAAGGAGAAGGACUAGGGCUACACACGGGUGGUUCCACACUUUGGGUGUCCGGGGUGCCUAAAAGUCAACCUUUGACUUGGUACAAGACAAGCUUUGAUGCUCCUUCGGGUGAUGAUCCAAUUGCAAUAGAUUUAAGUGGAAUGGGAAAAGGUGAGUUAUGGGUGAAUGGACAAAGUAUCGGGCGUUAUUGGCCAUCUUAUAUUGCUCCAAAUAGUGGUUGUUCGGAUUGUAGUUAUAAAGGGUCGUAUAAUUCAAAUAAAUGCCUCAAAGGUUGUGGGAAACCCUCGCAAAAGCUGUAUCAUGUCCCUCGAUCAUGGUUAAAAUCAAGUGGGAAUGUUAUGGUGUUAUUUGAAGAAAUCGGUGGUGAUCCUACAAAAAUAUCUUUCACAACACAAGUGUUACAAAGUUUAUGUUCCCAUGUGUCCGAAUCACACCCAUCUUCUAUCGAAUCAUGGAGUCGAGAAAAGUCAAGGAGAAAACGGAAACCAGAACCAAAAGUUUCCCUAGAAUGCCCUCACCCUAAUCAAGUUAUCUCCUCGAUAAAGUUUGCUAGCUUUGGAACACCGCAAGGGCAAUGUGGUAAUUUUAGACAUGGCGAAUGCAAGAGUGAUAAUGCACUUUCGAUCCUACAAAAUGCUUGCCUUGGGUUCAAGACUUGUAGUGUUGGAGUUUCGACUGUUACUUUUGGUGAUCCUUGUGUAAAUGUAGUUAAAAGUUUAGCGGUAGAAGCAUCGUGUGAAUGAAAAACACGAAUAUAAUUAUAAGUAUAAAAUUAUAAAUCAUAGAAUAAAACCGU